AUGGGAGGUUCAGGAAAGACCUCCCUGGUUAAGAAAGUGUAUAAGGAUGCAGCAGCCAAGAAAAACUUCAACAGCCUUGCUUGGAUAACAGUUUCCAUGUCCUUCAAGGUUGAAGAAGUUUUGAAAGACAUGAUUCAACAACUCUAUGAUGAAGUGAAGCAGCCAGCACCUGAAAGUCUAAGCACCAUGAGCAACAACAGGUUAAAAAUAAUAGCAAAAGUAUUCCUGCAAUCGAGAACGUAUGUGCUAGUUUUUGAUGAUGUCUGGAGUAUUCAAGCUUUGGAAGCUAUCAGAUAUGCAUUGCCUGAUGUAAAUAAUGGAAGUCGUAUUAUCCUCACAACACUUCUUUUGGAUGUGGCUUCCUUUUGUAGCACAGAGACCAAUGGCUAUGUUUAUGAGGUGAAACCCUUGUCUGCUGAAGAGUUGUGGAUUCUUUUCUGUCGAAAGGCAUUUCAUGGUAAUUCAUGCCCUUCACGCUUGGAAAGCAUUUCAAGGAACAUCUUAAAAAAAUGUGGUGGACUGCCGCUGGCUAUUGUGGCCAUUGGUGGGGUUUUGGCUACAAAGAACAGAAAUAAAAUUAGGGAAUGGGGAAUGCUUAAUCACAACCUUGGCCUUGCACUGGACAGCAAUAAUAAAUUUGAGAGUAUGAGAAUAGUUUUGUUACUCAAUUUCAAGGAUCUUCCCUAUUAUCUUAAUCCAUGCGUCCUGCAUUUAAGCAUUUAUAACAAGGAUCAUCUGAUUGAACUCGAAGAUGUUGCAGAUGGCUAUCUCAAUGAGCUCAUCAACAGAAGCUUGAUCCAUCCAGUACAGUACAAUGAUGAUGGUAGCAUAAAAUUGGGCCAGAUUCAUGAUCUAUACUGCGAGCUUAUUUUUUUAAAAUCAAGAGAUGAUAACUUUACUGCAACAGUUGAUGAGCAGAAUAAAUUAUGGCCUGAAAAAACACAACGGCUGUCACUGCAUGGCAUGUUGGGGAACUUACAAGUGAAAGGGCCAGUCACUAAACUUCGCUCCUUGCUUACAUUUGGUGUAGCAGAUCCACAGUCCUUUUCUUGCAUAAGUCAAGUGCUUGGUAGUGCCCGGAUGCUAAGAGUUUAG